GUGAUGGAAGCCCCCACCCCCAGUGCCUUGCACCUGAGUGACUGGCAGGAAAGUUACUUUGCUGUCACCUCUGGCACCUGCACGCCUGGGCAGAAGGCAGAUGGAUACCGUGCCAAAAUCCUGCGUAUUCAGUAUGCAUGGGCAAACUCUGAGAUCUCCCAGGUCUGUGCUGCCAACCUGUUUAAGAAGUAUGCAGAGAAGUACUCUGCGAUUAUUGACUCUGGCAACACAGAGACUGGCUUGAAUAACUAUGCAGAAAACAUUUUGACUUUGGCAAAAUGUCAGCAAAGUGACAGUGACAAGUGGCAAUCUGCCUUGACAACAGAUAACGUGUUUGAAUUAAAGUGUGUGCAAGAGAGGAUGCAGGCUGGCAAAAUUUUGCAGAGCUCUCAGAUGGCACUGACAGAUGCCUGCGUACGAGCUGAUAAAGGGGUCAGUGCCUCUGCUGCUCCAGCUCUUCCUAAACUCGAUGUCUUCAGUAGUACUAGGGAGUCUGAGCUCAGUGCUGGCUCAGCAAAAUGUGCAAGUCAGGGACCUGAUCUUCUUGGUCAUCCCUCAUCUUCCAAGUCCCUUCAAAACAGUGUGCCUCCUGUGGCCAGAACUUCAGACACACUUCUUGCCUCUUCAGCCUCCUUAAGCAAACAGGUUCAUCCAUGUUUCCAGGCAACUCCGCUCUUUGGAAGUAAAGAAGCCACUAAUAGUAGUUCUUUGAAAAUGUCAGCUAACUGUUGUGAUGGACAAAAUUUGUCUCUUUUCAGCCAGUCAGCUGUACCUGCCUGGUCUGCAAAUUCUGGGAAAAGAAAAGCAUUCUAUGGUCGGGUUGAUGAAGGCAGCACAACUAUUCCUAGCCUUGCUCCAUGUCAGGCUUCCAUUUCUACAGAAACUAAUGGUUCUUCAGGGCAAAGAAGCAGAAAUGAAGAGAGCAGUGCUCCCGGGUUUAAAACUGCAAAAGAACAGCUGUGGAUGGAUCAGCAAAAGAAAUCUCAAAACCAGCGUGCACCUGUCUCAUCAUAUGGAGGUGUAAAAAAAUCCCUGGGUGCUGGCAGGUCUCGGGGUCCAUUUGGCAAGUUCGUACCUCCUGUUCCAAGACAAGAUGGAAGUGAAAAUGGAGGAGCACAGUGUAAAUCUCAUGCUGGGGAAUCAACAGACCCAUUGCUGCCUGUGGAUGAACGGCUGAAAAACAUAGAACCAAAAAUGAUUGAACUCAUCAUGCAUGAGAUCAUGGACCAGGGGCCUCCGGUCAGCUGGGAUGACAUUGCUGGAGUUGAGUUUGCCAAAGCUACUAUAAAAGAAAUAGUGGUGUGGCCCAUGCUGAGACCAGACAUCUUCACUGGCUUGCGUGGUCCUCCAAAGGGAAUUCUUCUCUUUGGCCCCCCUGGAACUGGCAAGACCCUCAUAGGCAAGUGCAUCGCAUGCCAAUCUGGAGCAACUUUUUUUAGCAUCAGUGCCUCCUCUCUGACUUCCAAAUGGGUGGGUGAGGGGGAGAAGAUGGUGCGUGCGCUGUUCGCUGUGGCGCGGUGUCAGCAGCCAGCAGUGAUUUUCAUCGAUGAGAUCGAUUCCCUGCUGUCCCAGCGUGGAGAGGGGGAGCACGAGUCAUCCAGGAGAAUAAAAACUGAAUUUCUGGUGCAGUUAGAUGGGGCAACAACCUCCUCUGAAGAUCGUAUCCUAGUGGUUGGAGCAACAAAUCGACCCCAGGAAAUUGAUGAAGCUGCCCGAAGGAGACUGGUGAAGAGACUGUACAUCCCUCUCCCAGAGGCUUCCGCCAGGAAGCAGAUUGUCACCCGGCUGAUGGCAAAGGAGCACUGCUCUCUAAGUGAAGAGGAAAUCAAUCUCAUAGUCGAGAAAUCCGAUGGGUUUUCAGGGGCAGACAUGACACAGCUCUGUCGAGAAGCCUCUCUGGGCCCUAUCCGCAGUCUGCAGUCCACGGACAUUGCAACCAUCAUGCCGGACCAGGUGCGGCCCAUCUCUUUCCUGGACUUCGAGAGUGCCCUGAGAACGGUGCGGCCCAGUGUGUCCCCCAAGGACCUGGAGCUCUAUGAAACCUGGAACCAGACUUUUGGCUGUGGCAGAUGA